AAUAAAACUAACACCAUUGGGGUGUGCACCAUAUUUACAUUGAAUUCCAAGGUGAAGUUUUCUCACAAAAAGUUAUAUCAAAUCAAAUAAAUUGCUGUAGAAUUUUGUGGAGUGCAGGCGGUGUCGGAUCGUGCAGAAGAUAUUUACGGAGGUCAGGGUGUUGGAGUGUGGGCAGGCUUAGCGAUGGGCAGGUCCAGGCGCGCUCAACGAUGAAAAACAACGGGGAUAUAUACCAACGGCCACGGUAGAGGCAGACAUAGCGGAAUCACCAAGCACUGUAAACAUUAGCGUUGCAUUUUAAUUCCUGCAGAUAGUGUUACUUGGGUUUUAAUUCCUACGACAGAGGGUGUGACGCGCACCCACAAAGGACAAGGCGCGGAAAAUGCACUGAGCACUCCCCACCCCACGUCCUGUGACACCCCCUUGUAAGCAGUAGAAGAUGAGCACCACGCCCACCCCUAAGGGCACGCCUGUGCAGCAGAGCUCCAGCGAUGGGGGCCCUAGUGAUGGGGUCCUCGAGGUUCUUGUGUCUCCACAGCACUCUACACCUGGCUCCUCCGGGCCCCAACACAAGAAACGCGUCUCCAGCCUCCUGCAGAGCCCGUCGUUCCGUGAGGAGCUAGAUGUUCUGAUCCAGGAACAGAUGAAGAAGGGAGGCAGCAGCUCCAACCUCUGGGCUCUGAGGCAGCUAGCUGAUUACAUGGCCUCUCAUGGCUCACCUGCCGCCCUGUCCGCCUCCCCCUCCAGUACAGGCAUGAUGAUGGUGACGCCCAUCAACGACCUGCAUGGCUUGGAGCCCAGCGGCAUGGUGAAGGGAGAGAGGUUGAUGCGUUGUAAACUGGCCAGUGUCCACCGUCUUCUGGACCUUUACGGCUGGGCCCAGCUCAGCCACACCUGCCUCACCCUGCGUGUCAGUAAGGAACAGGAGCACUUCCUGGUUCUGCCCAAUGGCCUGGCCUAUGGUGAGGUCACUGCCUCUAGCCUGGCGAAGGUGAAUAUCCUUGGGGAGGUGGUGGAGAGGGGCAGCACCACCCUGGGGGUAGACCUGGAUUCCUUCAGCCUCCACUCAGCCAUCUAUUCUACCCGGCCAGACGUACGCUGUCUGGUGCACCUCCACACCCCCGCCACUGCCGCCGUGUCCGCCAUGAAGUGUGGCCUGUUGCCACUGUCCCAUGAGGCUCUGCUGGUGGGUGAGGUGGCGUCCUAUGACUACAAUGGGCUGAUGGAGAACGAGGAGGACCGGGUGGAGCUUCAGAAGAGUCUCGGGCCCACCUGCAAGGUGCUGUUGCUUCGAAACCAUGGCAUCGUGGCCCUGGGGGAGUCAGUGGAGGAGGCUUUCUACACCAUCUACCACAUACAGGCUGCCUGUCAGAUCCAGGUGUCAGCAUUGUGCAGUGCUGGAGGAGAGCAGAACCUGAUCAUGCUGGACCGCUCCACCCACAAACCCAACGCUGCAGGCACCGUGGGCUGGGCCGGAUCCACCUUCGGCCCCCUGACCAAGAGUCGACUCGGGGAGCACGAGUUUGAGGCUCUCAUGAGGACUCUGGAUAACCUGGGUUACCGUACCGGCUACGCCUACCGCUUCCCCGUGCUGCUGGAGCGCUCUCGGACACGGAGGGAGGUGGAGGUCCCUGCCACAGUCCACUCCUUCCAGUUUGAGGAGGAGGGAGUGCACCCGUUACCCCGCCAGCACCCCUACGCCCAGCGGCAGCAACUGGAGAAGACCCGCUGGCUCAACACCCCCAACUCCUACCUGAGGGUGAACCAAGACCAAGCCAGCCCCGGACACCAGCGCACCACAUGGCUGAAGACAGAGGAGAUGCAACAAGGAGCCAUCAAGAUUGAGAACUCAAAUCAGUUUGUUCCUCUUUUUACCAACCCUCAAGAGGUGCUGGAAACACGAAAUAAAAUCCGGCAGCAGAACCGUCAGGACAUGAAGACAGCAGGACCCCAGUCCCAAGUACUAGCCGGUGUCAUAACGGACGGUAGUCCACUGGUCCAGAAAAAACUGCAUCAUGUGGCUGUAAAAAAGAGUGUGCUCUCAGUCAACAAAAGCAUCAAAGUAAAGUCUCCAGACCCGGCAGAACUUGCGACACUUGAGGCGGAGACCCCCAACCCGUUUAACCAGCUGACAGACAAGGAGCUGGAGGAGUACCGCAAGGAGGUGCAGAGGAAAGCAGGAGGUCAAACAGAUGUAGGGGAGGAGGUGGAGAACGAGAAGGAGUCUCUCCCAGCUACCCCCCCCACCAACAACCCUACCCCCUGCAAUCCCCCACCCUCAGAUGAGACAAAGAAAGACUCCACAGCAGUUCAGAACGGGAAAGGAGAGGAGGAGAAGCAGACCACGGAGGAGCUGGAGAAAGGGAUGAAGGCUUUGUCUACCAAUGACACUUCUACACCCCCCUCCACCACCCCUGCUGCCCCACCCGCUAAACCGCCCAGCAACACGCCUGAGGGAUCCCCCUCCAAGUCCCCCUCUAAGAAGAAAAAGAAGUUCAAGGCCCCCUCAUUCCUAAAGAAGAGCAAGAAGAAAGAGCAGAAAGAGAAAGCUGAAACUUGAGGGUACAUGUAAAAUGAUUCUGACACGCCCCCUCCACUUCUAGCCAUAUACACGGAGGCAAACACACUAACACGCCCCCUCCACUUCUAGCCAUAUACACGGAGGCAAACACACUAACACGCCCCCUCCACUUCUAGCCAUAUACACGGAGGCAAACACACUAACACGCACUCAAGUCUCCUGUAUGUAUAGCUCAGUCACUCAUCACGUCUAGAAGUCAUUCUAAUUAUUAUUAUUUAUUUUUUGGGGGGGGGCAAUAUUGUUUCUGUACAACUCUCAAAUGAUCUUGAAACAAUCCACAAUCAUUCUAAAUGAAAUAGAAUCAACAACACCACCUGAAUUAUGCACUCCCUAUUUAUUAUAAGAAGUAACACACUUGACACGUGUGUAUAUAAACCAAUGUUGCAUUGAAGUAUCCUCAUAGGCACCCCCUGGCCUGGUCAUGUUUAUUCGUUUUUAAUAGUCAGACGAAGGUGACAGGUAUGUACAUACGAGCACAGGUGCAGUACAUGUAGAAUUAUGCAGGUAUAAUAACGUGCUCUUUUUUUGUUUGUUGCAGAAGUCUUGUUCCAAUUAAACUAACUAUUCAAGUCAUAGACAGCAGGGACAAAUAAGAAAAUAAAUGCACAAAAAAAAAGAAAGUCCCCAACAUUAAGCUGACAGCUAUAAAUGCCACUAAUACCAAGCAAGGAUAUGAUCUAAGCAUUGUGGAAGAAACGUGUUGCUUGAUGUUGCGAACGGAAGCCGAACUAAAAGGUACUAAACAUUCCACUCUUCCCCAAAUUUUGCUUUGAAAUAUGUGUACAAAAUACCUCUACAGCUGUAAUUAUUUUUAUGAUCAGUAGCUGUUAUCAAAAUGCUGAUGUGUGAUAUUUGUUGUUUUUUAAUGUAUUAUUUCGUAUUAGAAUGUAAAGUGAAAAGUUGCAAGGUUAAAAUGUACCAGUCAUUAAAGAUCAAAGUUGAUUUCAA